CUCCUUGGCCGCGGCCGCUCCGCCCGGCUUGAAACCUCGCAGUGCCGGGGAGUUAGAGGUGUUAAAGCCGGAGCAGCGCGGCGGUUGAGCGCUGAGUCUGUGCAAGGAACCGGCCCCGAGGACCAGUCUCUCACCGCAAGCAGCAGGCGCCGCCGCCGCGGCUCGUCCCAGGCUUUGGCCGGACUCAGGUCCCUUAUUAUAAAUCACCAUGGCUCAAAAAGACGUUGAUAAGUACCUUUACGUGGACAAAAACCUCAUCAACAACCCCCUGGCUCAGGCUGACUGGGCAGCCAAGAAACUGGUGUGGGUUCCAUCGGAGAAGAAUGGGUUUGAGGCGGCCAGUCUGAAGGAGGAAGUGGGAGAUGAGGCCAUUGUGGAGCUGGCAGAAAAUGGAAAGAAAGUGAGAAUAAACAAAGAUGACAUCCAGAAGAUGAAUCCACCCAAAUUCUCUAAAGUGGAAGAUAUGGCAGAGCUGACCUGCCUGAAUGAGGCUUCUGUGCUGCACAACUUGAAGGAGAGAUACUACUCAGGGCUCAUCUAUACCUACUCAGGCCUUUUCUGUGUGGUUAUAAAUCCCUACAAGAACCUGCCCAUAUAUUCCGAGGAGAUUGUGGAGAUGUACAAAGGCAAAAAGAGGCAUGAGAUGCCUCCUCACAUAUACGCAAUCACAGACACUGCCUACAGGAGUAUGAUGCAAGAUCGAGAGGAUCAGUCCAUUCUGUGCACAGGUGAAUCAGGAGCUGGUAAGACUGAGAACACCAAGAAGGUCAUUCAAUAUUUGGCUCAUGUUGCUUCCUCACACAAGAGUAAAAAAGACCAGGGAGAGCUCGAGAGGCAGUUGCUUCAGGCUAACCCUAUCCUGGAGGCUUUUGGAAAUGCCAAGACAGUGAAGAAUGACAACUCCUCGAGAUUUGGCAAGUUCAUAAGAAUCAACUUUGAUGUCAAUGGCUACAUUGUCGGAGCCAAUAUUGAGACUUAUCUCUUGGAGAAAUCGCGUGCAAUUCGUCAAGCCAAAGAAGAGCGAACCUUCCAUAUCUUCUAUUAUCUAUUGUCUGGAGCAGGGGAGCACCUGAAAACUGAUCUGCUGUUGGAGCCUUACAACAAGUACAGAUUCCUUUCAAAUGGGCAUGUUACGAUCCCGGGUCAGCAAGACAAGGAUAUGUUUCAGGAGACCCUGGAGGCAAUGAAAAUCAUGAGCAUCCCAGAUGAGGAGCAGAUAGGUCUGCUGAGAGUGAUCUCGGGUGUUCUUCAGCUUGGCAACAUAGUCUUCAAGAAAGAGCGCAACACGGACCAAGCUUCUAUGCCAGACAAUACAGCUGCUCAGAAAGUAUCCCACCUUUUGGGUAUCAAUGUGACAGACUUCACCAGGGGAAUCCUAAGCCCUCGUAUCAAGGUGGGACGAGACUACGUCCAGAAAGCUCAGACUAAAGAGCAGGCUGACUUUGCCAUCGAGGCACUGGCCAAAGCCACUUAUGAGCGUAUGUUCCGUUGGCUGGUGAUGCGCAUCAACAAGGCCCUGGAUAAGACCAAAAGGCAGGGGGCAUCCUUCAUAGGAAUCCUUGACAUUGCCGGCUUUGAGAUUUUUGAACUGAACUCAUUUGAACAGCUGUGUAUUAACUACACAAAUGAGAAGUUACAGCAACUCUUCAAUCAUACCAUGUUCAUUCUGGAACAAGAGGAGUACCAGCGGGAGGGCAUAGAAUGGAACUUCAUUGACUUUGGCCUGGACCUACAGCCCUGCAUCGAGCUUAUAGAGAAGCCGGCGGGGCCCCCUGGUAUAUUGGCUUUGUUGGAUGAAGAGUGCUGGUUCCCAAAAGCAACUGACAGAAGCUUUGUGGAAAAGGUGGUGCAGGAACAAGGCAACCACCCCAAAUUCCAGAAGCCAAAACAGCUGAAAGACAAAGCUGACUUCUGCAUUAUUCACUAUGCUGGCAAGGUGGAUUACAAAGCAGAUGAGUGGCUGAUGAAGAACAUGGAUCCUUUGAAUGAUAACAUUGCUACUCUUCUCCACCAGUCCUCGGACAAGUUUGUGUCUGAGCUGUGGAAAGAUGUUGAUCGUAUAGUUGGGCUGGAUCAGGUGGCUGGUAUGUCAGAUACAGCAUUGCCAGGAGCCUUUAAAACCAGGAAGGGUAUGUUCCGAACAGUGGGACAGCUCUACAAAGAACAGCUAUCCAAGCUGAUGGCUACCCUGAGGAACACCAACCCCAACUUUGUCCGCUGCAUCAUCCCCAAUCAUGAGAAGAAGGCUGGCAAACUGGACCCCCAUUUAGUCCUGGAUCAGCUCCGCUGUAAUGGAGUGCUGGAAGGAAUCCGUAUCUGCCGACAGGGCUUCCCCAAUAGAGUUGUCUUCCAGGAGUUCAGACAAAGAUAUGAGAUCCUGACUCCAAAUUCAAUUCCCAAAGGAUUCAUGGAUGGAAAGCAGGCCUGUGUGCUGAUGAUCAAAGCAUUGGAGCUGGAUCCAAACCUGUACCGAAUUGGACAGAGUAAAGUUUUUUUCAGAGCUGGAGUCCUCGCUCACCUUGAGGAGGAAAGAGACCUGAAGAUCACAGAUGUCAUUAUUGAGUUCCAAGCGUGCUGCAGAGGAUACCUAGCCAGAAAGGCCUUUGCCAAACGUCAACAGCAACUAACUGCAAUGAAGGUGCUUCAGAGGAAUUGUGCUGCCUACUUGAAGCUGCGUAAUUGGCAGUGGUGGAGGCUGUUCACCAAGGUGAAACCUCUGCUGCAGGUAAGCAGGCAGGAAGAGGAGAUGAUGGCCAAGGAAGAAGAGCUGGUGAAGGUCAAGGAGAGGCAGCUGGCUGCAGAAAACAGACUGACUGAAAUGGAGACCCUCCAAACACAGCUAAUAGCAGAGAAGCUGCAGCUUCAGGAGCAGCUGCAGGCAGAAACUGAGCUCUGUGCUGAGGCUGAGGAGAUAAGGGCCCGUCUAACAGCAAAGAAACAAGAGUUGGAGGAAAUCUGUCAUGACCUGGAGGCUAGGGUGGAGGAAGAGGAGGAACGGUGUCAACACCUGCAGGUUGAGAAGAAGAAAAUGCAGCAGAACAUUCAGGAACUAGAGGAGCAGCUGGAGGAAGAGGAAAGUGCAAGGCAGAAGUUGCAGCUGGAGAAGGUGACCACAGAGGCUAAGCUGAAGAAGCUGGAGGAAGAUCUGAUAGUUCUGGAAGACCAGAAUCUCAAACUGGGCAAGGAGAAGAAACUGUUGGAAGACAGAAUAUCUGAGUUCACAACCAAUCUAACUGAGGAAGAGGAGAAGUCGAAGAGUCUGGCUAAACUCAAGAACAAACAUGAGGCCAUGAUUACAGAUCUGGAAGAACGUCUGCGUCGUGAAGAGAAGCAGCGGCAGGAGUUGGAGAAGACUCGCAGGAAGCUUGAGGGAGACUCCACUGAUCUGCAUGACCAGAUUGCUGAGCUGCAGGCUCAGAUUGCAGAACUCAAAAUGCAGCUGGCCAAGAAGGAGGAAGAACUCCAAGCAGCCUUGGCUAGGGUGGAGGAGGAGGCAGCCCAGAAGAACAUGGCUUUGAAAAAGAUCCGGGAGCUGGAAUCUCAGAUCACUGAACUGCAGGAAGACCUGGAGUCUGAGCGGACAGCUAGGAACAAAGCAGAGAAACAGAAGCGCGAUCUGGGAGAGGAGCUGGAGGCACUGAAAACCGAGCUAGAGGAUACGCUAGAUUCAACUGCUGCACAGCAGGAACUCAGGUCAAAACGGGAACAGGAAGUGACUCUUCUGAAGAGGACCCUGGAUGAUGAAGCAAAGACCCAUGAGGCACAAAUCCAGGAGAUAAGGCAGAAACAUUCACAGGCACUGGAGGAGCUGGCAGAGCAACUGGAACAAACCAAGCGGGUGAAAACAAAUCUUGAGAAGGCAAAGCAGUCUCUGGAGAGUGAGCGUGCUGAGCUGUCCAAUGAGGUGAAGGUGCUUCUGCAAGGCAAAGGGGACUCUGAGAACAAGCGAAAGAAAGUAGAGGCCCAGCUCCAAGAGCUACAGGUGAAAUUUACGGAUGGUGAGAGAGUGCGGACAGAGCUGGCCGAGAAAGUCACCAAACUCCAGGUUGAGCUGGACAACAUCACAGGCCUUCUGAAUCAGUCUGACAGCAAGUCAAUCAAAUUAGCGAAAGACUUCUCUUGCUCUGGUUCACAGCUUCAGGAUACCCAGGAGCUUCUGCAGGAGGAGACUCGCCAGAAGCUGAGCCUCAGCACCAAACUGAAGAAGGUGGAGGAUGAGAAGAACAGCUUCAAAGAGCAGCUGGAGGAAGAAGAGGAGGCAAAGAGGAACCUGGAGAAACAGAUCUCUGCCCUUCAGCUGCAGGUAGCAGACACAAAGAAAAAAAUGGAUGAUGGCCUGGGCUGCCUGGAGGCAGUGGAGGAAGCCAAGAAAAAGCUGCAGAAGGACUUGGAGGCCAUGAGCCAGCGUUAUGAGGAGAAGGCAGCUGCUUAUGACAAGUUGGAAAAAACAAAGACCCGGCUGCAGCAAGAAUUGGAUGACCUCAUUGUGGACCUUGAUCACCAGCGGCAGAUAGUCUCCAACCUGGAGAAGAAGCAGAAGAAGUUUGAUCAGCUGUUGGCAGAGGAGAAGAACAUCUCCGCCAAGUAUGCAGAGGAGAGGGACCGAGCUGAGGCAGAAGCCCGCGAGAAGGAGACCAAAUCCCUGUCCAUGGCCAGAGCCCUGGAAGAAGCCAUGGAGCAGAAGGCAGAGCUGGAGCGGCUCAAUAAGCAGUUCCGCACAGAGAUGGAAGACCUGAUGAGUUCCAAGGAUGAUGUUGGCAAGAGUGUUCAUGAGCUGGAGAAAUCUAAGCGAGCCCUGGAGCAGCAGGUGGAGGAGAUGAAGACCCAGCUGGAAGAGUUAGAGGAUGAGUUGCAGGCCACAGAGGAUGCCAAGCUGCGGCUGGAAGUGAACCAGCAAGCCAUGAAGGCGCAGUUUGAGCGCGACCUCCAGAGCCGGGAUGAGCAGAAUGAGGAGAAGAAGAAACAACUGAUCAGACAGGUACGAGAGAUGGAGGUGGAGCUGGAAGACGAGAGGAAGCAGCGCUCCAUGGCUGUGGCUGCCAGAAAGAAGUUGGAGAUGGACCUGAAGGAUCUGGAAGUCCAGAUAGACUCUGCCAACAAGAAUCGUGAUGAAGCCAUCAAACAGCUCCGCAAACUGCAGGCCCAAAUGAAGGAUUACAUGCGGGAGCUGGAUGAUGCACGCACCUCCAGAGAAGAGAUUUUGGUCCAAGCCAAAGAGAAUGAGAAGAAGAUGAAGAACAUGGAGGCUGAGAUGAUGCAAAUGCAGGAGGAACUUGCAGCUGCUGAACGUGCCAAGCGCCAGGCCCAGCAAGAGAGGGAUGAGUUGGCUGAUGAGAUAGCCAACAGCAGUGGCAAAGGAGCCCUGGCCUUGGAGGAAAAGCGACGUCUAGAGGCCCGGAUAGCUCAGCUGGAGGAGGAGUUAGAGGAGGAGCAGAGCAACACAGAGAUGGUCAACGACCGGCUUAAGAAAGCAAACCUUCAGAUCGAUCAGAUAAAUACUGACUUGAAUGCCGAGCGCAGCAAUGCCCAGAAGAACGAAAAUGCUCGCCAGCAGAUGGAGCGUCAGAACAAGGAGCUUAAGGCCAAGCUGCAGGAGAUGGAGAGUGCAGUGAAGUCCAAGUACAAGGCUUCCAUCACUGCCUUGGAGGCAAAGAUAGCACAGCUGGAAGAGCAGCUGGACUCGGAGACCAAGGAGCGCCAGGCUGCAGGCAAACAAGUGCGCCGUGCUGAGAAGAAGCUGAAGGAUGUCUUGCUGCAGAGGGAUGAGAGACAUACUGAGCAGUACAAAGAUCAGGUAGAUAAGGCAAACGUGCGCUGAAGCAGCUGAAGCGCCAGCUUGAGGAAGCAGAGGAAGAGGCCCAGCGAGCCAAGCAUCCCGCAGAAAGCGCAGCGCGAGCUGGAGGAUGCCACUGAAACAGCUGAUGC